UAGUUCUUAUCCAAUAUGGCUGCUAAACGUGGACGUGGAGGUGCUGCUGGAAACAAGUUCAAGAUGAGUCUUGGUCUCCCUGCCGGAGCUAUUAUGAACUGCGCCGAUAACACUGGUGCCAAGAACCUGUAUGUGAUUUCGGUCUAUGGUAUUGGUGCUCGUCUUAAUAGACUUCCUGCUGCUUCUGCCGGAGAUAUGUUCAUUGCCUCUGUCAAGAAGGGAAAGCCCGAGCUCCGUAAGAAGGUCAUGCCCGCUGUUGUGGUGCGUCAGCGCAAGGCCUGGAGAAGAAAGAACGGCAUGUUCCUGUACUUCGAGGAUAACGCUGGUGUGAUCGUGAACCCCAAGGGAGAGAUGAAGGGAUCCGGUAUCACUGGACCUGUGGCGAAGGAGGCUGCCGAUCUUUGGCCCAAGAUUGCUUCUUCUGCUAGCUCCAUCUGGUAAGCGGUGUGAGCACACUGGAACAGAUUGGAUGAGACGUUUGCU